CGGAGCUACGCCGAGCCUAGGGCGGUUACGCAGACGCAGACGCCACGCGACCACAUAUCCGCCUUUACCGCGACAGCUCUGAAACAGUCAGUAGUGUGGACUGACGAACAGAAGAAAUGUUGAAAAUAUCGAUUUUGAAGGUGGACAGUCCCUCUUGCCUUUGGGGCCGGGUGGUUCAGGGUCCGGGGAGGCAUGCAGAGACCACCCAACUUUACGACAGUCUGCUCUCUAAGAUGAACCUUUUCUACCAUGACGUGACUCAGGACCUGCGCUGGCUGAAGCCCCUGUUGUUGGAAGAAGGACAGGUGUGUGUCGUGUACUGGGCAGUGAUGAAGUCAUGGUGCCGCGCUGUGGUGGAGUCCGUCAUCAUGGACUCAAUAUCCUGUCAAGUUCGCUGCCUCCUGGUUGACCACGGAGAACAAAUUGUGAUCCCUUCAGACCAUAUCCGAGAGGCGAUGCCAGAUUUUCUUCAGCUGCCUUUCUUGGUGAGAAAGUUCCACCUGGCGGGAGUCAAACCAACAACCCUGAAAGUGUCUGUAUAUGAAAAGAGGGCCGAGCUCAUUCCGUCCAGUCAGUGGGACAGCUCAGCCACGCUCUACCUGCACAGCCUUCUGCAAGCAUCCACCCAAACGGAGGCGGUGUUACUGGAAUCUGAGUCGGACUCCACCUCCAUCCAGCUCUAUCUGACUGUCAGGGACAUAAAGAUAUGUGUCAACGAUGACUUGGUGGCUAAGACAUUUGCAUAUUACAGAGGAAAGUCUGCUGAUGAUGUUAGCCUGGAUGCAGGAGACCGAACUCCUGUCAUGUUCAACAUCUUAACUCAAGCAGUCUCCAUAUCCCCAAAGAAGCUAACAGCACAACCUCGACAACCUCCUGUGACAUCUCAGAACUUUGGUCCAGCUGAAGCAGGAGACUCCUUGACGACUUCUCUUCCUCAGUUGCAGGUUGUCUGGGAAGAAAAAGGAAGAGAAGUCACAGAAGAACAGGUGUCUUCAGGAACCCAAUCCAGGAAUGGUUCAGAAGGUGCUGCAGACAGUGACCUGUUGGAAGACACCGACUCAUCUCUUGCUGUGACGAUGACCAAAAACCUCAAUCACUUCAGGUUCUUAAAGUUUCUGAAUCAUGCAAGCAUCUACCACAGAGCAGCUCCUGAUGUGGGUCAGAAAGACGAGCUGAAUGAACCUAAGGAAAUUACUACGAUUUCCUCGGUCACAGAAAGAGAACAAGAUGCUUCCAGCGCAUCCUCAGAAACCCAAUUAAGACCUUCAUACAUUAGUGAUCCUCAAACAUCAGACCUGCUCCAAGUUAGUUGUCUGAAAAGUGAAGCUGCAGAUGCUCCUCAUAGCAGUCGGGUUGAACAUCCAGAAGAUGGAGAAAUGAACAUUCUCUGCACUGAAAGUUUAGAUAAAUCCAAGUUAAAACCACCAGAAAGAGGAGACAUGUGGAAGAGUGAAGAGGGCUGGGCCUGUUCUCGAUUGUUGGAGUGGUUGAAUCCAGAUCCUCUUAAUCCUGAUCCAGAUGAUGUAGUUUCUUCCAGUGACCCAUGCAUGAACAGGAUUUUGGUGCACUCUGCUCUGCCAGUAGACCCCUGUACCAGCCUGGAAGAUGCCCCCAUCACAGACACUCUCCGCUGGGUGUUGCAAAGGAAACAGUACUGCGUUCUGUCUCCAGCUGAUCAUUACAGCUGGCCAGCUGUGGCUAGAGGAUGCAACACUGUAAUCGUUUCCAACAAUGCUAAUCAGCCGCUCAGCUACCUGCCCCCCCUCCUCACCCACAUCCAACUGAACUCCAUCUUUACCUCCCUCACCUCCAGUUCAGGGCCCAUAGCAGUGCUGCUUUGUCCGGGCUGGGAGCGAGUCCAGGCAGUGUAUGAAGUCCUGGAGGAGAGCAAAGUUUGCCAAACCCUUCAUCCUGCUGUUGUCCAGCUAGGGGUUGGAAAAGAUGAGUCCAAAGAUGUCAAAAUCCCCAAAAACUGCCUGCUGUUAGUGACCACCCCUUUCUCUUUGGUCCGUGUGCUGUCCCAUCACUGCUUCCUAUUUUUGCGAUUGUACCACCUGCUGCUGGAUGAAGCUGAGCAGCUCUUUACUGUUGCUCCUGAUCAGAUGGCGACCAUCUUGAUGCAUUUCCAGAAGGUGGCUUCUAACGAGGAGAAAGCAUUGUAUCCUAAACAAGUUGUUGCUGCGACAAAACGAUGGAGCAGUCACAUGGAGGAUCUGAUAACCAGUCACAUGCCUUACCCCUGCAUUGUCAUGACUGUCCCUGAGGAAGCUGCCUUCUAUGGCAACGUUCAGCAGACCAUCCUCAUGACUCUGGAGAGCAGUAAGAUCUCAAUACUGUUAGGUGUGUUAGAUUUCAGUCCUGACAUCAGCCAGAAGACGCUGAUUGUUGCAAACUCUGUUCAGGAGGUUGAAGACGUAUUUCAGGCUGUGAAAAAUAAGUCUGCAUUCUGUCUGAAGACCCAUGAAGGAUUAACAGACCAGUUUGACUUUGUCAUCCAGCAGUGGAGGAAGAACAUUGGAGCUGGCACACAUGUCAUUCUGGUCACCACCAACGAGUGCCUAAAGUGUCUCGGCAUCAGAGAUGCAACCUGUGUUGUCCACUUUGGAUUUCCCACUUCUCCAAAGCUGUUCGGCAGCAGACUCUUCUGCAUGGCUCAACACUUCAGAAAUCUGUCCCAGCAGCAUCAAAAGGAAAGCUGCUGCUCUCGCGUCACUAGGUCCAUUCUGCUGAUUUCAGAGAGGAAUGCCCAACAUGUUUUUGGAGUUCUACGCUACCUCAGACGAACUAAUGCCGUGCUGCCUCCUGAACUGUUGACCUUUGCUGAAGGAGUUCAUGAAGCUCGUGAAGACCAGAAGAAAAAUCUGCCUCUGUGCAGCUACCUGAAAAGCUUUGGAUUCUGCCGAGACAGCAGUUUGUGUCCUGAUCGUCAUCAGUUCAACCCCCAGUUGGACCAGUCUUUGCUCCCAGCAUCUGGAGUCAUUGAAGUGGUACCUCUCUACAUUAAGACAGCUUCAGUCUUUUAUGGCCGUUUGGUCAGAAAGGAGGACAUGAGGUUUGACAUGAUGGCCUCUGAGAUGGUUGAUUACUAUGCUGACAAGAAACCAGGAGCGAAGGAGUUACUCGAAGGAAGUUUAUAUGCUGUGCAAGAGGACAAGUUUUUCCACAGGGUGAAGAUCCUCUCUCUGCCCGACAGGAGUGACAGUCUGUUUUUCAACGUCCUUGUUCGAUUCAUUGAUGUGGGAAAAGAAGAAAAUGUCAAAUCUCAUCAGUUCCUUCAGCUGCCUGAACAGUUCCACUCCCUACCGGGUCAGGCCGUGGAAAUCAUCCUCUGCAGGGUGAAGCCAGUUGAUGCUGAGACUAACUGGCAUCCCAAGGUCAUCAGAAAAAUAAGCCAAAAGAUCCAAGGUGUGCAGCACAGAGCCAGAGUCGUUCUUUGUUUGGGAAACACUGUUUUUGUUGAUCCUAUGGUCCGGGUCACCCAGGUUCCAGGUAUGAAAACUCUUAUCAAUGAAUAUAACGUCCAGUCUGAGAUCCUCAGCACCGGGAUGGGAGUCAGUAACCCAGAGCACGUCGAUCUGCUCAGAGCGCUGUGUAAAGACGGUCAAGCCAGCAGCCGUGAAGAUCCAGCUCUUAAGUCUGGGCGUGAUGGUUUGUCAUGUUCGGAGGUUCGGAUGAAAGCAGUGGACAAAGUUCAGGCUGACACGUUCAGGGCUGCUGAGGAACCUGCUGCACCUCCAGUCCACAACGUUUCAGGUUAUCAACAGACACAGAUGGACCAGCAGAAUGACAUCAACCCCCCUGAACAAAUGGACAGGACUUGUAACUGCUUCAAUGAUGGAAGAAAACCCUGCAAAAGUAAUCCUACUUCCUGUCUAAGCAUCUGUGAAAGCGCUGUUCCUGAAGGUGAUGACCACCCCAGCAGAGAAAAAGUCACUGACAAUGACUUGACAAACAGUUUCCACCCUCAGGUCCGUUGGUACCAGACCUCUGACUAUGUGGUUGUGACGGUGAAACUGAUGAACCCGGAUAGUCAGCGCUGUGAUUUCUACCCGGACAGAGUCAUUUACAGUGGCAGAGUGAACUGUCGUACCUACAGAGCCGUCCUGGACCUUCACCAGAACAUUGCUGCUGAUUGUUGUCGCUGGGAGAUGAAGUCUAAUGAGCCUGUUCUCAAACUGGUCAAACAGCACAAGGAGUACUGGGACAGGCUCACAAGGACCAAGAAUAUUUUUGUGAGUUAUGACAUGGAGCACUUUGAGGAUGAGGAUGAAGCAGCAGAUGGUCGGUGGUUUGUAGAGAAUACAGGAGAAGAUGACCAGUAUGUGAACUCGGAGAGCUGUAGUGACAGUGACUGAAGCUCAGAGACAAAACGCCACCAUGUUAAUGUGAAAUCACCUGUACAGGCUGAGAUCAGGUGGCUGUCGGAAAGCCAGAGGUCACCUUCAUUAUCAGUAAGGUGUUAAACCAGCUUCAGCCGUUCUGGGUUUUUUGUUCUUGUUUUGGUGGGGGGAUAAAAUCUGAAAUAUAAAGGGAGGUAUUUUUGUUUUCAUGUUAUUUUCUCAUCUUUAUUUUCUGAGUUUUCAGAAACGGCUCAGUUCACCAUUCAGUCGUAGAAAUGUUGGGACAGAUGAACAAAAUUUUACCAAUAUGUUGCUUCCAUAUUAUUGUAUAUAAAAUGGUUUAAAAACAAGAAAAAUUUUCUGAACUUUCAAAUGUUGAAAAUGUCUCAGCAGUCUGAGGACAAAGAGACGAAAGCUGAACAGAUGAAAAGCGUUCUUGGAGAAUUAUGUCAUAUAUAUGUCUGAUAUGUCAAAUCUUUAAUUCCAUUUUUACUUCAGUUAGUUUCUGUUUCCAGAUGAGAUGCAGGAAUUCAUCCUGGUUAAAUAGUCUUUUGCAACUUUGUGGUUUGAGGACACAGAACAUUUGUCUCUUAGUGGUCCACUGGUCCCCUUCAUCACAGGAUAGGUGGAGUUACGGCUCUCUUCCCUCAGAUAAUUUAUUUUCUAAAAACUUAAAUCACAGAUAUGAUCCUAAACUCUUUGAUUUAACAGCUGAACUCUUUGGUUUUAUUAAACUUAAAAAGUUUUCCCUCCAUCUGUUCA